GCGAGCGAGAGACGGUGAGCAGCGCACUCGACCCAACGAAAUAGACGGACUGCGGCAGCCCCUUGAUCACAGGACUGAGCGCAUAACUACCCGCCGCCGUUGCCUGAUCCGAGAUUUGUGACGAUGCCUGCGCCAACAGCCCUCCUGCAGCCGGCCCCAGCGCCCGAAGCGGCUCCCGUCCCCGCGCCUGAACAGGAAGAUGAACUCCUUGUCGACAUGCAGCAGAGCAGCGCUGCCGGACCCAGCGCUGCCGCGCCGCCCCCGGCUGCUGCCGAAGAAGACACAGACAUGGCCAUUGACGAAGAGGGGCGGCCGAGGUUUGCGCCAGGGAGGGAUGUGGACCCCGUUCGCCGUGCCGAGACACGAAAGAUCCCAAUCCCGCCAAAUCGCAUGUCGGCGUUAAAAGCGAACUGGCCCAAGGCCUACCCGCCGCUGGUCGACCACUGCAAGCUGCAGGUGCGCAUGAACGUCAAGGAGAAGCGGGUGGAGCUGCGGUCGAGCCGGUUCACGACGAGCAACGAGGCGCUGCAGAUGGGCGCCGACUUCGUGUCCGCCUUCGCCAUGGGCUUCGACAUCGACGACGCCAUCGCGCUGCUGCGCCUCGACUCGCUGUACAUCCAGUCGUUCGACAUCAAGGACGUGCGCCAGACGCUCGGUCAGGACGCGCUCAGCCGCGCGAUCGGGCGCAUUGCCGGCAAGGACGGGAAAACUAAGUUUGCGAUCGAGAAUGCGACGAAAACCCGUAUCGUGCUGGCCGGGUCGAGGGUUCACAUCCUGGGUGCCUUCGAGAACAUCGGCAUGGCCCGUGAGAGCAUCGUCUCGCUCGUGCUGGGUGCCCAGCCCGGCAAGGUUUACAACAACCUGAGGAUAAUUGCCUCGAGGAUGAAGGAGCGCUUUUAGAUAGAUUGAGGUGUGAAAACAGAACAGCAGGGGGGCAUUGGGAGACGGCUAUGGCGUUCAGGCGUACUUGGAGUUCUUCCUGCAUCUUGUCGUGAACGAGCAUCAGCAGCAUAUCCAGAUACUGCAUACUCACCAGAUGGAUUUGGCUCGCAAAAAGCAUAACGGCUGAAAAAUCAUUGAUAUAUUUGACCUGCUUCCA